GCGAUUCUCUACCCCGCCACCACGCACGCUGACUUUUUUUUAUCAUCCGCCCGAGAGCACGUAUCGAAGUUUUAAACGCGCAGCCCAAGCGCUACUCUCGUUCGACCUCUCUCGCCCUCCGCGAGUUAUAUAUCCGAUCUACGCGCACUAGUCCUCCCUACUCUCUUUUUCUCGCCGUGUAUUUUCCUCUCUCUUCUGUCUAUCCGUCUUGCUCUCGCGCUAUCCCUCCCCGUUAGCGUCUCGCUCCUUCUCGCUAGCUCUCUGGGCAGCGAUUUCAAGAAUGUGACAGUGCGCGUCCUCGCGGUCGCCUCGCGCGAAUAAGCCCGCAGGCCGGCGACGGCGAUGGGUGACGAGCGACAAGUGUUACGGUGAACAGUGCGAGAACAGUGAAGAAGUAGGGAGAGAAAGACGGACGAUGCAAGCGGAAAAUGUCACUCGGUGAUACGCGUAUACGGAUGACGGGGAGUGAUCGACGCGACAAUCUCGGAUUUGAGGUUAAAGUGUCGUCGUCGUCGUCGUCGUUGUUGUUGUUAUGUGGUGCCGGUGCGCCGGCAUUGGCCACGGCACGGGCAAAGGAGUAUCAAGAACGAAAACGGCAUUAUCGCAUCCUACAGGGCCUAGCUGCCCGAGAUUCCAGGGACAUUGAACAAGCGCCGUGGUGUUCCACCGCUGUCACGCUCGUCCGCUAAGAGGAACCAAGAGAGAAAGAGAGAGAGAGAGAAAGAUUCGCAACGAUACAAAACAAUUUUUCGUAAGGCGAUCGCGCCGAUGUACGUAUUAUAUACGCGCGCGUGUGUGUGUUGGUGCUUGUGUGCCGGGUCGCGAGGUUAAGGCACCACAUCGCUGUCGAUAUACAACGUCGAGGAAAGUCAAGAACCGGUGUCGUGUGUGCGCGCGCGACCGAUUCGUGCUGCUACAUCCAACGGAUAACAAGUGUAUCGUGAUACUAAUAGUGCGCGUCCGUAACCCCGCCGGCGACCGUUGCACCGUGCACGUCUACGGACAACCGAAGCUGACGUUGGCGAGACUGUCGAGCCACGCACCGACAGGCAGCAGCAGCGAAAAACCCUCGUGUGCCUUUUCGCUUCUGUAUUAUGCGCUACGUUCUUUCAUCCUCGAAGAAAUCGUCCAGCGCUUUUUGUCGCCUGCCCGACGGCCGAGACAGCAGAGACAGCGGAGGCAGCAGAAGCAGCGGUAACGGUAGCAGCGGAAGCAACAGUAGCAGCAGCGCGGCACUUUGGACAGCGACUUUACCAACGCGACACGUUUUGCCCUCGCGGUGUCAUUCACGACUAACGUUUCGACGCGCGAUUGAAGAGAGACGGAACGAAUAGAGGAAAAAGCGAUUUCGCGGCAAGUAUCGCGAGAAAUGAAGCGGCGCUUCAGCUGAUCGAGAGAGUUCGUCACGACGAAUCGGCGUAGUGUGUGCUCGCGCACGCUGUUCGCGUCACCGAUCAGCCGGCCAGUUCGCGUAUGCUGUGGCACAUAGGUAAACGAGAGAGUUCAAGGUCAGCAGACGGUAUUCGGACCUAACCUCGUUUACGCGUUGGAAAAAGUAAGCGGAGAGCAAGAGGGUGAAGGUACCCCCCGGUUAUUGCGCUCGGGUCCGCCCCGUCGCUUGCCACGCGCCAUCGCCGGUUCGAAAUAUUCUCGUUCUCGGGAAAGAAAGGGAAGAAGAGCGGACGGCGUAGAGGAUUCGCGAAAACGGCCGAGAGUGGCGCGCGUUUAUCGCCUGCGGACCGUGUUCGACGCGCUUUAGCGCGAAACCGAGCCCCACGCACACGCGCGCGUGCACGCACACCGUCGUUCUUCUCUGCCACGGGGGACUGUUACACUAUUUCGGGACCGUGAUCCAAAGUGCACGAGAUACGCGGAGAGCAUAAAUAAAUAUACACGCGUGUGCUGGCCCCGUCGCGAGUCGCUGGGGACCGUCAUUCGUCUGUGAUUCCUUCGCUCGUAUGUGUGUCGGAGCAGCGGCGGUGUUUGUUUUUUUUCACCACAGUGUAUAACCGCCGGUGUAUAUACCUCUGCUGUUGGCUUUUUUCGCCGUAGUCGCGAGAUCGGCGAAAGAGCGGCGAAAGAGCGGCGAAAGAGGAACGAAAGAGGAGCGAAAGAGGAGCGGCAACGGGGAAGCUCGGUAACGCGCGAAAGGGAGAAAAACGAGGCGUCGGUAGAGGAAACUGUGGAGCCGCGGCAGCGAGAGGGGGCGGCGGCGGGAGGAGGGGGAGGAGGAAAGUGGCGUGCAGUGCGCGGUGGUGCGACGGUGUCGCGUCGGGCACCGAUUCCAAAUAAUUCUCAUUUUCCGCGCGGCUACGUUCAAAAGUACUGGCCCCCAAAUGCGCGUACCGCAAAUCCUGUUUCAUGUUCAUGUUCUGGAGCAAACGGACGGCGCUCACUAGACGUCUCCUAAAGGCCAAGGUCUGUGGAGAGCAUGAAACCGAGUGUGAAGCUCAAGAGGAUUCGUCACGUAUUCAUCGCGCAAACAACACGAGCGGCACCGACAACGACACGAGCAACGUGACGGCAACGACGGGCCAAACAACCAGAGGAGCGCGUGAAGCGUCGUCAGGAGGUGCAGUCGGCGGCGGCGGCGACGGCGGCGUCGGCGGCGGCGUCGUCGGAGGUGGCGCUGCGGGAGGCGGCGGAGGUGGUGGAGGAGGAGGAGGAGGAGGUGGAGGUGGCGCUGGGGUAGGAGGUGGCGGUGGAGGGGGUAGCGGCGGCUCUGGAGGUGGAGGGGGUGGAGGAGGUAGCCGUAUCUCGUCGAGUAGACUACACCAAGGUUGCUGCGGCGGUGAUCAGAGCCAGGACGAUGACGAGGAUCCCGUUCGUUUAUCGAUGUGCAAGGAGCUGUUGAAAUCGCUCAAGGAAAAUCAACUAGAGAUGUUACUCACCGCCGUGGAGAGCUUUGGUGCCGAUCUCGGCUCGUGCGUCCUCGUGCCUCGUCAGCACGCCGAGGACAGCUACGACACCGAGCAACAACAGCAACAAACUUAUCGUCAUCAUCGUUACCAUCAUUAUCACCACUACUAUCAUCACUCGCACCAUCACCAUUACUAUCAUCGGCAUCAUCGUAGACACCAUCGUUCUUCGUCGUUGGAGAACGACGACGAUCAAAACUCUGGAUCGGAAGACUCGUGCGCGUCGCCGAUUCGACCGGAUCGAUGCAGAGUACCUGCACGCGGCUCGCCCGACAACGCGCCGAUCGAUCCACACCUGCUCUGCUGCCAGAUCUGGCGGUGGCCGGAUCUCGCUCACUCGUCGGAGCUCAAGAGACUUCCUGUCUGUCAUUCCGCUAAAGACCCUGUAUACAUAUGCUGCAACCCUUACCACUGGAGUCGGCUCUGCAAACCCGAGUCGCCGCCACCCCCAUACUGCCUUAUCGCCGACAGACUGAGACCCGAAGAUCGCGCGCCCAGCGAAGGGGAUCAACGUCGGUGCAAAAACAGCACACCCCUGCCACUUCCCGGCUCCCUUACCACCAACGGAGAAGGUAACUAUGUCCUCAAGGUGAUUUUAUUAGUGAAAGUAAAACCAAGUAAUAAAUUACAGGUUAAUAUAGGAUAA